AUGGCAGCUGAAACGAUUCUACUGACUGGCGGCUCCGGCUUCAUCGCCGCCCACAUCCUCGAGUCCCUCCUCGCCGCCGGCCACACCGUCAUCACCACCGUGCGCAACCAAGCCAAAGCCGACGCCAUCACCGCUGCCUACCCCUCACAGUCCUCCUCCGACCACCUUCUCGUCGUCCCCGUCGGCGACAUUGCCGACCCUACCGCCUUUGACCCCGUCCUCGCCGCGCACGGCGCGCGCCUCACCUCUGUCCUGCACACUGCCUCCCCCUUCCACUACAACUUCACCGACGCCCAGACCGAGCUCAUCGACCCUGCCGUCAACGGCACCGUCGGCAUCCUGCGCGGCAUCGCCGCCCACGCGCCCCGCGUGCGCCGCGUCGUCGUCACCUCGUCCUUUGCCGCCAUCCUCGACGCCGCCAAGGCCUGGGACCACGACACCCUGUACACCGAGGCGUCGUGGAACCCAAACACGGCGCAAGACGCCGCCGAGAACAAAAUGGCCGGCUACCGCGUGUCCAAGACGCUCGCCGAGCGCGCGGCGUGGGACUUUGUCGAAAAGGAGAAGCCGCGCUUCGACCUGGUGACGGUCAACCCGCCGCUCGUCUUUGGGCCCGUCGCGCACCACAUUCAGAGCGCAGACGCCAUCAACACGUCGAAUGAGCGCGUCGUCGAGCUGCUGCGGGGAAAGUGGAAGACGCAGCUGCCCGAGACGGGCACCAUGGUGCUGUGGAUCGACGUGCGCGAUGUGGCGGCCGCGCACGUUCGCGCGCUCGAGCGUCCCGAGGCCGGCGGCAAGCGCUUGUUUGUCGUUGGCGGCAGAUUUGACAACAGACAGGUCGCGGAUAUCGUGUACAAGCACUUUCCGGAGCGCCGCGACGCCGUGCCUGGCCCGGAUGUCAAGGGCGGCGAGGCGCCGCCGGCAGAGAAGCUGUUCCGGAUCGACAGCUCAGCAACCAACAAGCUGCUCGGUAUCGAGUGGACGUCGCUGGAGAAGAGCAUCACAGAUCUGGUCGGCUCGCUCAAGGGACUGAGCGUCUAG